AGCCCGGCGAGCGAGCGCGAGAGCCCGACGGCGCUGCCAGGAGGCGACCCGGAGGACCGAGGCUCCCAGACGACUAGGAACCGCCCAACAUGGCCUCGGAGAGUGGGAAGUUAUGGGGUGGCCGGUUUGUGGGCGCUGUGGACCCCAUCAUGGAGAGGUUCAACUCAUCCAUCGCCUACGACCGGCACCUGUGGGAGGUGGAUGUGCAGGGCAGCAAAGCCUACAGCAGGGGCCUGGAAAAGGCAGGGCUCCUCACCAAGGUUGAGAUGGACCGGAUACUCAAUGGCCUGGACAAGGUGGCUGAGGAAUGGGCCCAGGGAACCUUCAAACUAAACUCCAAUGAUGAGGACAUCCAUACAGCCAAUGAACGGCGUCUAAAGGAGCUCAUUGGAGAAACGGCAGGGAAGCUACACACAGGACGGAGUCGGAACGACCAGGUGGUCACAGACCUGAGGCUUUGGAUGAGGCAGAACUGUUCUGAGCUCUCUGCCCUCCUCCGGCAACUCAUCAAAAGCAUGGUGGAUCGAGCAGAGGCGGAACGGGAUGUCCUCUUCCCAGGGUACACACACCUGCAAAGGGCUCAGCCUAUCCGUUGGAGCCACUGGAUCCUGAGCCAUGCCGUGGCACUGACCAGAGACUCUGAGAGGCUGCUGCAGGUGCAGAAGCGGGUCAACGUAAUGCCCCUGGGGAGUGGGGCCAUUGCAGGCAAUCCUCUGGGUGUGGACCGGGAGCUUCUCCGAACAGAACUGAACUUCGGGGCCAUCACUCUCAACAGCAUGGAUGCCACUAGUGAGCGAGACUUUGUGGCUGAGUUCCUGUUCUGGGCUUCAUUGUGCAUGACGCACCUGAGCAAGAUGGCUGAGGAUCUCAUCAUCUAUGGCACCAAGGAAUUCAGCUUUGUGCAGCUCUCGGAUGCCUAUAGCACUGGAAGUAGCCUGAUGCCCCAGAAGAAAAACCCUGACAGCUUGGAACUGAUCCGGAGCAAGGCGGGGCGUGUGUUUGGGCGGUGUGCUGGACUCCUGAUGACACUCAAGGGGCUUCCGAGCACCUACAACAAGGACUUACAGGAAGACAAAGAAGCCGUGUUUGAAGUAUCCGACACCAUGAGCGCUGUGCUGCAGGUAGCCACUGGAGUCAUCUCCACACUGCAGAUUCACCGCGAGAACAUGGCAAAGGCUCUUAGUCCUGACAUGUUGGCCACUGACCUCGCCUACUACCUGGUCCGCAAAGGGAUGCCGUUCCGCCAAGCCCACGAGGCCUCUGGGAAAGCUGUGUUCAUGGCUGAGACCAAGGGAGUUGCCCUUAACCAGUUGUCGCUGCAGGAACUACAGACCAUCAGCCCCCUGUUCUCAGGUGACGUGAGCCACGUGUGGGACUAUGGGCACAGCGUGGAGCAGUACGCUGCCCUGGGUGGCACGGCGCGCUCCAGUGUUGAUUGGCAGAUUGGCCAGGUGCGGGCACUAUUACGGGCACAGCAGGCCUAGACCCCUUCCUACGCCUGCUCCCAAAUAAAGUGGGCUGAAGAGGA